AUAUUUUAAUUCAUUCGUCCUAAUAAUGAAAAUUGGUUAUGAAAUUAACAAAUUAUAAAAUCUCAAUAAAAAGAGAACAAUUCUGAGAUUUGAAAGGCUGGAAAUGGAGACCAAGAAGCACUUUAUUUUGGUUCAUGGAAGUUGCCAUGGAGCUUGGUGCUGGUACAAGGCUGUUCCUUUGCUCAAGUUAGCUGGGCACAAUGUCACUGCUUUGGACCUUGGAUCUUGUGGGGUCAAUCCUAAGCAGCUAGAUGAGGUUUCCUCUAUUUAUGAUUAUGUUCAACCAUUAAUGGAGGUCAUGGCCUCACUUCCUCCAGAUGAGAAGAUUUUUUUGGUUGGUCAUAGCCUUGGGGGGUUUUGUAUUUCCCUUGCCAUGGAGAAAUUUCCUGAAAAGAUCUUGGUAGCAGUUUUUGUCACUGCUUAUAUGCCCGACUGCAGAAACCCACCAGCAACUCUCUUAGAAGAAUUCUUCAGGUGGACUCCAGUGGAUUCCCUAUAUGAUUGUCAGGUCCACUUCAGCCAAGGCCCAAAUAAACCGCCAAUUUCCUCUUCUUUUGGGCCACAGUACUUGACCAACAUGCUCUACCUGCAAUGCCCAGCAGAGGAUUUGGAGUUGGGAAAACUUCUGGUAAGACCCACUGGAGUGUUUGUGGAUGAGUUGGGCAAGGAUUCUCUGCUAACAGAAGCGAAAUUCGGAUCGGUGAGCAGAGUUUUUCUACUCUGUGAAGGAGACGUUGUGAUGAAAGAGGGAUUUCAGAAAUGGUUAAUUGCAAAUAGCCCACCAGAAGAAGUGAAGGUUAUCAGUGAAGCUGCCCAUAUGGUUAUGUUCUCUAAACCAAAAGAUUUUCGCCAAUGUUUACAGGAUAUUGCAGAGAAAUAUAAUUAAACCAUAAGAACGCAUUUAUCAAUCGACUUCCACUUUCCUUUCUAUUUAUUCUU